GCUGCUCCCUGGACAUCAGAGAUGCACGGCAGGGAGACACGGGGACAUACUUCUUUAGGGUGGAGAGAGGGCCUUUUGUGAAAUAUAGUUAUUCUGAGGACAAGCUCCACCUGCAUGUAACAGAUAAGGAUGGUGUCAAGGAGAGGACACACAGACACAGGGGCCCUGAGGGCCCCCAGGGCAGGGCUGGGAGGGGACCCCCUGUCUUCUCAUCCUGGGAGGGGCCCAAGGGGACCUAGGAGGACAGGCCGCUGCGGCUGGCCUGGGGCAGAGACAGCUCUGAGGGGCACACUCGGGGCCCCCCAUCCAGGGCCUGGGUCUGUUUCUCUCUCCUCUUCAGCUCUGACACAGACACCCGACAUCCACGUCCAGGGGACCCUAGAAUCUGGCCUCCCCAGGAAUAUCACCUGUGCAGUGCCAUGGGCCUGUGAGAGGGGGACACCCCACACCUUCUCCUGGACCGGGGUUGCCCUCCCUUCCCUGCACCCCAAGGGCCCCCACUCCUCGGUGCUCACCCUCACCCUGGGGCCCCAGGACCACGGCACCAACCUCACCUGUCGAGUGACCUUCCCCGGAGCUGGUGUGAGCGCAGACAGAACCAUCAGGCUCAACGUGUCCUAUGCUCCACAGAACCUGGACAUUCGUGUCUUCCGGGGAAAUCGCACAGGCUCCGUGUCUCACCCAAUCGUCCCCGGGACUCAAGAUCCUGGGCAACGCCACCUCCCUUCGAGUCGUGGAGGGCCAGUCCCUGCGCCUGGUCUGUGUUGUCGACAGCAACCCACCCACCAGGAUAAGCUGGGCCCGUGGGUGCCUGACAGUGAGCCCCUCACAGCCUUUGGGUCCUGGGGUCCUGGAGCUGCCCCACGUGGUCUUAGGGGAUGGAGGAGAAUUAACCUGCCAAGCUCAGCACCCGAGGGGCUCCCUCCGUGUCUCCCUGAACCUAGUUGUACAGGGUGUCUCCUCUUCCUUCUCCCAAGUCUCUGGGGAGCGGAGAGAGGGCUCCUGGCCCCUGGUCCUCACGUUGCUCAGGGGGGCCCUGAUGGGGGCUGGUUUCCUUCUCACCUAUGGCCUCACCUGGAUCUACUAUACCAGGUGCAGAAACUCACAAGGGAAUAGGCUUGAGAGGUGUGACUGAGUUCCCUUCUUCACAGUGGUGCUUCAGAGGUCUAUGAACAAGGAGGUCCCGGGUGACUUGAACCUGCUUCCCUUCCAGAAAUAACAUCUCUUCACAUCUGGCCUCCAGGUUUCUUCCUGAUAGUUCUACAUGAGUGGUUGUGAGGGCAAGGAGGAAAUAGAUAUUUUUAUUAUUAAAUUGAACUGUGCUCCGUGUAACAUGUUUUCUUCUCUGUGCUUAUACCUUAGCAUGGUUUUGAUAUGCCCAUAGCGCGACCCAUAAUAUAUUGUUCUAAAUCCCAUGAUAUAGUAUUUUUUAAAGUUAAUUUGAAAGAGAUUUUUUUAAUUAGAACAAUUAACUAUUUUAUAUUUAUCCGCAUAUGAACCAUUUCAAUUGCUCUUCAUCCCUUUGUUGUAAAAAUAAAAUCCCCUAAGGAAAAGUAAAAAUAAGAGGGAUUCCCUGUGGAAAGAACAUAUUUAGAAAAUGGACCUGGUGUGGCUACCAGGUACCCCCAAUAAAAUGGAGCCAGGCAAUCGUGACAGACCUAGGGUUCAGUCAGGUACUCUGAGUUCUUAGAAAAACCACGAACGAAAACUAUAAGGACUUCUGAUUGUGCUAAGGAUCCUACCUGAAAAACCCCUAAGGAGAUGCUCCAGUGACAGCCAUCAUUGGAAAGUUCUGGUCAGGCUGCAGUGACUUGCGGUCAGGCUGCAAGGGCCAUCCAGUCCCCUUUUAUAAGUCUCCCAACUGUGGCUUCUUUGGCUUGUGCUUUCAAACACCCCUCACCCCUUCACCUCCAAGGAACGUACUUUUGGUUACAGCCAAAGGCUUCUUACCCCUGGUUUGCAAACCUUGCAAACAAUAAAGCUGUCCUUUUGCAUUAAGA